AAAGAAAACGGGAAGAAGACGCGUUCGCGCGCACGCACGCGCGCCCCCGGUGCCUAUAAAGGAGAACCGCGCGAGCCGCGUCGCGCGCUCCGGACUUUGCUGGGAGAGGAACCGAUAUGCUGUUGUGCACCGGGACCCUGUGGCUCACAUCUUUUACAGUCGUUUGGGCGAGUUUGCACCCGGAGUGCGAAUACAUAUUCCAGCUGGAACGAGAAGAGCAGCUCUGUCUGAGAGGAAUCGCUGAACAUGAGAACCUCAGCAGCACUUCAGGGCAGACAGGUUGCCUCCCAACAUGGGACUCUGUGGUGUGUUGGCCCAGAGCAGCAGUUGGAGAAAUCGUGCAGUCUUCCUGUCCUGCUGUUUUCUCUCUUUUUAGCAACCACACAGGAACAGUGAGUCGUAACUGCACCAGUCUGGGCUGGUCACAUCCGUUUCCUCCAUACCAUGAGGCCUGCAGCAUCGACGGUGACGUCCCAGAGGAAUCGUACUUCUCCACAGUCAGACUGAUCUACUCCAUCGGCUACGGCACCUCUCUGAUCUCGCUGUCCGUUGCUGUCCUAGUCCUGCUGAUCUUCAGGAGGCUGCACUGUGCUAGAAACUACAUCCACAUCCAGCUGUUUGUCAGCUUCAUCCUGAAAGCAGCAUCUGUGUUCAUUAAGGACGCUGUACUAUUCGGCAGUGAAGAUACCGACCACUGCUCUCUCUCUACAGCAGCCUGUAAGGCGUCUGUUGUUUUCUGUCAUUACUGUGUGAUGAGUAAUUUCUCCUGGCUGCUGGUGGAGGCUGUGUAUCUCAACUCUCUGCUUCUUUCCGCUCGCAGUCGCCGUUGUCUCUGGGGCUUCUGCCUGCUGGGCUGGGGAGUUCCUCUGGUUUUUAUCCUCCUCUGGAUCGUCUCCAGGGUGUAUUUUGAGGACACUGAAUGCUGGGACGUUAAUGAAGAUUCUCCGUACUGGUGGAUCAUCAAGGGUCCGAUUGUUGUAUCCAUAGGGAUCAACUUCCUGUUGUUCCUGAACAUCAUUAGGAUCCUGGUGCAGAAGUUGAACCCGCGUCUAAUCCAGUUCAACAACUCGUCCCAGUACAGACGAUUGACGAAGUCCACGCUGCUCCUCAUCCCCCUGUUUGGGACCCAUUACGUGGUGUUUAACUUCAUGCCGGACUACACUAACAUCGGCCUGCGUCUGUGUUUAGAGCUGUGCCUCGGCUCAUUUCAGGGCCUCAUGGUAGCAAUUCUGUACUGUUUCCUCAAUCAAGAGGUCCAGAAAGAGGUACGACUGAUUUGGAUGCACUGGCAGGAGAGCAGUUAUGGAGUCGUUAUCGCUGGAGCCAAAGGCAGUCAGAUGGAUACACCAUUUUGAUUCGGUGUCUACGUUUGACGCACAAGAGACUCUGGGGUUUUUCUAUUUUACUCAUUUAGCAUUUCUUUUGCCCACAGCAAGCCAGCAAUACUGCUCCUGUUAUCAAACGAUCGCUUCGCUGUAGUGAUCCGGGCUUCACAUGGGACUCGCUUUCAGUCCAGGAGCUGUGAAGCAAAGCUGUUGGAGCAGAAUUCAAGAGAGGAAAAAAUAAACGCAUGUGGCAUUGCCUUGUUGAAAAACAAUAUUUUUCGAAAACGUGAAUAGCUAUUGCUUGUUUCCGAGCUCAAAACGUGUUGAUUUUUCCCACGCUUACUCUUUUUUAUAUAAAUACAUGUGUAUAUAUGUGAGAUGUGGUUCAAAUCACGGCACAUGAAUGCUAGCCGAGUUCUAAUCUUCAAUCCUGGAUGUUAGCAUUUCGUUCUGCACGUUUCUCACUCUUAAAAAUAUUCGCUCCAUCUUUUUAUUUGGAGUGCUGGUUGAUAUUGAUUUUUGUCUGUCAUGUGAAAUUCCAUUGAACAUCUCAGAAAGCUUGUCUAAAACAUCCUUCAUGAGUUUUUGAGGGAUUUAUGAAUAAAACACAGGGCCGAGCCGAGCGAAGUUUUGGCCUGAAAUGAACCAGAUUGACAGAAAUUCUUUAGAGUAAUAGUAUACCGUAUUUUCUGGACUAUAAGCCGCUACUUUUUUCCCACGUUUUGAACCCCGCGGUUUAAACAACGAAGCGGGUAAUUUAUAAAAAAUUUUUCCCGAUUUCACAAAC